AUGUCGUCAUCUGAAACCGGCGAUAUGCCGCUUGAGCCGCUUACGGCAGAUGCUACAAUAGCAGCCCAAACCCAACCUCUGUCCCCCAUCGAGGAGCAGGAUGACAACAUCCACCAGGACCAGGAGAUCAGCCACUCUGACGAUGACUUGGCCGUCUUCCAUGCUGACACGGAUGCCGCAAUCAAGGUCGAGAGUGGUGAGGACUUGGUGGAGUUCAAGGUCAUUAUCUCGAACGUCACCUCGGCAUCCCAGGUUUUGAAUGACUUGUUCUACGGCGAUGCUUCGGAGAAAUUGCCCAAUGGCACCCGCGUCAUUACCCUCGAUGAUGAACCCGAGUCGCUCGCGAUUCUGAUGAACAUCAUGCACUUCAGAUUCGCCAGAGUUCCUAAGCGACCCACGGUUGAUCAGUUGUACGAGCUCACUCGUCUGACUUCCAAGUACAAAUGUACGCACUUGGUCGAGCCUUGGGCCGUGGCCUGGACUGAGCAACUCUCCGGGUUUGCUCACGACAAGAAGGCCACUGAGGACAACUACAAGGCUGCCUGGAUCUCCUGGGAACUGGGAUACGAGAAACUCCUCCGAGAGAUGACCGACUCGCUGGUUUUGAACUGCAAAGUCGACGAGCACGGUGACGUGAUUCACCCAAACGGAACCAAGCUCCGAGACUUGGUUCUGCCACCCGGCUUUCUUGAUCGUAUCAUUGAGAUCCGCUUCAACACAUUGGCAUCAAUUCUCGAGCAGAUCCAGAUUCCGAUGGACCACCUUUCUCACAUGAAAAGACUUGAGAAGCCAGGCUUCUGCAAGAGAGCAGAAGAUGAUGUUGCGUGGUGCGAAGCUAUGCUCCUCGGUUCCUCGAUGCCCAAGCUCAUGCAGGCCGGCUUGUUUCCCGUUCCUCCGGCAACAAGCUACCGUCAGAGCCUGCAGACAUUGAAGAGUGCCGUCUAUGACAUCGAGUACAAGCACUGGGAGGGCCGAAAGUGGGCGCCUCACAAGUCUCACACUGGCUGCAACCUUGGCUUACGAGACUCGAUCAAGAGCGUUCUGGAUCAGAUGGCCAACCCAGUGCAACAAAGCCAUCUCGGCCACCUUUUCAAACAGGCACAGAUCACUGGUGUCGACGGUGGAGGUGCUGGGUGCUUGACAAGAGUGCCGGUGUCCCCUGCUGGGGGCGAAGGUCAGUCAGCCUUGCUCUGUGCCGAGGCGGCAUCCACCAGCAUCAAGACGGAGAUUGUCCACGAUGACGGGCUGAAGGAUGACGAGAAGACAGUAUCUGAUGCCGUGGACUCGGUCGCCGCUCCCAAGGGCGACGAUGAACAGUCUGACACCAAGUCAGAAAUGUGCGGUGAGCAUGCGUAA